AUGCCAGACGAACGCGGGAGCACGGCGGAGCCCCGCCCGCCCCCGGUUCUCACGUACACCUCCUUCCCGCACCUCGUCGAGCUGAUCCUACAGCAGGCCGACCUGCCAACGCUCAUAACCCUGCGCAGCGUCUCACACGCGAUCAAGGCGAAAGCUGACACCUGGAUCGUGCAGCACGCGCUCGCGUCCCGCCGCUCCACGAGCCCAAUCUUCACGCAGCGCAACGCGCUGCACCACCGUGCCCUGUUGCCGCCGUACACCGUCGUCGACGUCGUCGAGGCCAUGACGCCCAACGGCGUGAACCGGAACACGCGCGAAGAGAGCACGAAACACAAGGCGUACCUCACCCCUGUGGCCGGAGCCAAGCGGCACGUCGUCGUCGUCGUGCUUACGAUCCCGCCAUACCCGUCCUUCAAUCUCGCGUGCCGCACCGCGCGGAACACGCUCAUGAUAACAGCGGAGGACUACGCCUUGCGCUCGGCAGACCGGCCAUGCUGGGCGCGCCUCGAGCAAAUCGACAUCGUCUUCGCACCGCACGUCGUAGAGGACAUGUGGGGCGCCGUCGGCGAGCACGACGCCGCGCGGCGCGACCCCGACCCACAGCGAACGCACGCCCUCUCGGGCCUCGCGCCGUCCGUGUACACCGAGAUCCGACCGGGCGUGUUCGACGUCAUACGCGGCCGUCUGCGGACCGGAGGGGGCGUGUACUGUCCUCUCUUUUCCCGGCUGGGGGUGUUCGAGCACGUCGCGCACGGCGGGAGCGUGCGCGUCGUCGGGCUCGACGCUCUGCCGCCGGCGUAUGUCGACCACUCUUACGACCCCGACAUGGGCGGUGAGGGUGCGCGGGCAGCCGCGGAGGGGUUUAUCGAGGAACAGUUCCGCGCCUGGGUUGAGCGCCGCGCUGGGCGCACAAAUAUCGUCGACGAGGGCGCCAACGUGGAUGAGGUGCUCAAGACUUGGGGGCUGGAGGAGGAGGACGCGGCGGUGCGCCGCUUCAAGGUGGAGAGGGGGACGUGGGUCGUCGCUCCUAGCGAGGGGGUGCCGGGGGAAGUGGAGCGCGCGCCGGAGAAUGACCCGCCACGGCCUAGGGGAUUCUGCAUGUGA